AUGGUGACGUAUCUCCUUGCGCUGCGGCUUUUGACGGUCCCCGUCCACAACAUCGAACAGCCGGUCGCGUACCAGCGGCAGGAGCAACAGCAGGCGGCGGCUGAUGUGGGGGCAAUGGGGGACAACGAGCCGGGCGCGGACGGGGCGCCGCAGAGGUUGACAACCAUGACCGCCGAGCAAUGGCUCCCUUUGGCCGCCUCGCUGUCCUUGCUCGGCCCUAUCGUCCUCCCCCGCGCCGCCAAAGGCCUCUUCUCUACCGGUCUAUUUCUUCUCCAACCCUCUUCCCCCCCGGCAAUCGCUUAUCCUCCUUCCCCAUACUCUCAUUGUCGGAAAUAUCGUGGAUCAGCUUCGCGACAACAAGCAGCGGAGGCCUAG